UAAAUAUUGUUAAAAAAAAAUAAAAAAAAUAAAAAUAUGAGUAGCAUGUGUUACCGAUAUGUAAUAUCGCGAAAUAGUUUUAUCCAUUAUCGAAGACAAGAUUUCGUUGUUACUUCAUUUUUUGUACCAUAUCUAUCUUCUAAACAAAUACGUAGUAAUUAUAAUUCUGUGAUACCAGUAAAACUAGCCUAUGUUUCCUAUGAAUCUAUGGGUGGAAAUAAAAAUGCUUCUAAGCAACCUAUAAUAAUAAUGCAUGGUCUUUUCGGUUCAAAAACUAAUUGGAAUUUAUUAUCAAAAACAAUUCAUCGGGAUACAAAUCGUAAGGUAAUAACUAUAGAUGCAAGAAACCAUGGAGAUUCUCCACAUUCUUCAGACAUGACAUACAGUCAUAUGGCACAAGAUAUAGUUCAACUUAUGAAUGAUUUAGGAUUUGAAAAAUCUAUAUUAAUAGGACACAGUAUGGGUGGUUCUACGAUGAUGUUUGUAGCUUUAAAUUACCCACAAUUAGUAGAGAAGUUAAUAAUAGUUGAUAUGUCUCCGGUGAGAACUAGUCCUCAGCUCAUGAACAUGGAAAAGAUAUUCAAAGCAAUGCGCACAGUAAAUCUAGAAGGAAUCACAACAUUGACAAAGGCACGUACUAGUGUCAAAGAUCAACUAGCAAAUGCUAUUAAAUCUUUACCUUUACGUCAGUUUUUAGCAAUGAAUUUAGUAGAAGCAAAUAAUGGAAAAUUUAAAUGGCGGGUUAAUUUACCUGUGUUAGAGCAAAACUUUGCAACACAAGUAGCUGUAUUUCCAGAUGUAGGAUCAAGAGUGUACAAUGGAUCAACACUGUUUAUAGGUGGUUCUAAUAGUGACUAUAUAAGAAUAGAAGAUCAUGAUAAAAUUAAAAAAUUAUUUCCUUCUGCUAGCUUUAUUUAUAUAAAUGGUGCAGAUCAUUGGGUACAUGCAGAUAAACCAACAGAAUUUUUAAAAACAACGAUUGAUUUCAUUAACCAGCCAUAAUUUAUUAUCAUUUUACAUGUGAAAAAUACACAAUAUCUUUUGUAAAUAUAUACAUAUAUUUGUGAAUUUUACAACAUUACAUAUAAAACAAGAGAAAAAUAAUGAAAUGAGAUAUAAUUUUAUGCAGUAUAAACAACUUAUGAAUUUUGUGCUUGUUAAUAAAAUUAAUAAAACUUACAAAGCUCUGUAUCUCUUUAGCCUCUUUUUUUUUGCUUUUGUAAAAAAUACAUUUAAUGUCAUUAGUCAAAAUUUAUAAUGUUAAAACUGAGGAACAGUUUUAUGUAAGGCCAUAUUUAGGAAAACAACAACUAUUUAAAUAUUAAGCAUCAAUAGAAUUUUUGAUUAUAAUAAAAUAAAAUAUCUUUAUUCAAAUAUAAGUUCAACAUAGAGAAGUGUUCAACUAGAUAUAAAUUAAUUAAAAAAGUGAAAAAUUGCAUGUGAUGCAAAUUCAACAUUUAUAAAAAGAAAUAAGAUUAUAAUUUUAAAUUAGCUAAAUAUUUGCUAUUAUCACAAUCAUUUUUUGCAAAGUGCAAAUUUUUUUUACUGACUUCAAUUACUAAAGUACAUCAUGUGUAUGCCCACCGUUAUAUGCAUAAUCGGCUUUAUUAUGCAUGACCAAUUGAUUGUCCACAAAAUAAAAAGAAUCCGAACGUGUUUCAAAUGGAUUAGCAAUCAUUUCAGAAACUAAGUCAGCAGGUAAAGUAGGAAAUUCAUAAAUGUGUUCACAAGUAUUCUUGCUAUUUGGUAUACAAAACCCAAAUUGAAAGUCAAAAGUUUUCAACAACCUGUCCCUAAAGAAGUGACGUUCAAUCAUUCGAAAAUUGUUCACAGGUUUAGAACCCACCAGAAACUCAAUUGUAGCUCCAACAGUCUUUAAUUUAAGAAACUGAGGUGUAAAUUGAUACCGUACAAAACGGCCAGUAUUAGCAUCCUCACAACCAGAUUCUUCAUUUUCUGGUUCCACAUCUUGAUUAGAAUCACAUUCAAUAGCUGGAGGUUUUGUUAUCUCAAAUAAUAUUGCUCCUGUUUCUAAAUCUCUAAUUUGAAAUCUUGUAAAAUCUAUAUCAUAAAUGUUUGCCUCAGGAGAACAUAAAUACUUAUCAGUAAUUGUAGGUAAUCGUAGCACCAUUUCUGGGGUUAUAUUAGUUCCUUGAAUGUUUCCAUUAUCUGUAUUUUCCUGAUUUGCUGAUGGUGAAAAUGGAGCAAUAGCUUCAUUUGACUUAUUUUCGCUGUCAACACUCAUAAUUUAAGCGUAAUUAAACACGUAAUACAAAGACAAUUAUUUAUGCUCGAAGACCACGUAUGACAAUUAUGAAAUAUACAUGAUAUUCAUUGAAUAUCUUUAAAUAAAGUUUCAUGUAUGUCAAAACUAUUUUACCCAAUAUUUUUAGUUGUAAAAAUACUUAUAUAUUCGAUGUUACUUUCAUUGCAAGUAUGUUGUGGCAUUUCUUUGUAUUCCAAUAAUUAGCUACGUUUUCUAUAAAACAUUAAUCGUAAAUAUGCUGAAAUUAUAUAUGAUUAUAGAAGAAGCACCUUGUUGCCUAUUUAAAGAAGUAAAAAAAAAUAACUAGAAAUCAACUUAUGUUACUAGCAAGUCCAUAAAUUUUCAGGGGAAUUGAAUUUUUAAUUAAAAAUUAUAAAUUUUAUACGUGUAUAUGUAUUUAUAUAUAUGAAAUAUCAUUAAGAUACAUACACAGUGACAGACAAACAUUUGUAUUGUAUAUCAUGCAUACGCAACGGAGAUAGAAUUUUUUAUAAAUUUAAUUUACUUUAACUUGCAAUUUUCAAAUAUUACUAAAUAACAUAUUUUAGUCAACUGUUUGAUCGUCAUGUAAUAAAAGAUAUAUGUUCAUUGAUCUCUCUUGAUUCAAAUGAUUUUGAACAGAAUAUGAUAUUUCUUCAUGUUUUGUAAUUCGGUGUUUGGUCAAUUGAUAGACUGACGAACUUAACCUCAUCUUCAAGGAGAUUAUUACGCUCAUAUUGACGAAGAUUCUCAUAUAUGAUUAAUCAAUUGGAUUAUUUGAUUUUCUAAGUCACUUGAUAAUUAAAUAUUUGAUUAUUUCCUGUAUAUGAUAUACAAACAAUCAUGUCCAAUGCAUCGCAAGUAUCUAACGAACCUUAUCACGAAUUAGCAGAAUUACGCGGUUCUGAAUUGAAUAUUAAUUCAGAAAAUGUUUCAAGUUGUAAUAGAAAUUUUCGAAAUUGCGUUGAACGUUCUUUGGAGCUUUCUUCCGUUGUAGUUAUCCCAGAUGGAUAAUCUGCUUAAACUUAUCUGUAAAGGAGUGGGUAACUGUAAGUUGUGUAAAUAUCUUAUUAUGCAUGGAAAAUAUAACAUCAGACUUUUCUAAGUUGGGAUCGCUUUAAUUAAUAUAUAUUGCAAAUGAUGUCUUUCUUUUGCACAGAAUUUAAGUUGAUUUCAACUCCUACUGGAUACAUUUACUGUUAUCCAAGCUAUCAAUGCAUUGGGAUUUGGAAAAUUUCAAGUUAAGCUGUCUUUAUUUACUGGUCUUUGCUGGAUGGUAGAUAGUAUGGAAAUAACAAUAUUAAGCAUUUUAAGUCCAUCCUUACAUUGUGAUUGGGGUAUAACUAGAUAUCAACAAGCUUUAACAACCACGGUUGUUUUUCUUGGUAUGAUGCUAAGUUCUACAUUUUGGAGUAAUCUAAGUGAUAGAUAUGGUAGUAAACAAUCCUUAACUUUAUGUGCAAUAUUGCUACUGUAUUAUGCUUUCUUAAGUGCCUUUGCACCAAAUUUUCUAUGGAUUUUAUUGCUUAGGGGAUUAGUUGGUUUUGCUAUUGGUUGUGUACCACAAUCGUAAGUAUUUGAGUAACAUUGUAUGCAGAAUUUCUUCCAGCAAAACAAAGGGCAAAAUGUGUCAUUCUGUUAGAUGUACAUAAGUAUACUUUAUAAAUAAAAUUGAUAUGUACAUUUAUAUCAUUGACAUUGAUAUCACAAUAAUGAAAUUAUUAUUUUUGUAGUGUUUUUGGGCGCUUGGAGCUUGUUUUGAAGUGGCAAUAGCACUGGCAAUAAUGCCAACUUUUGGUUGGAGAUGGCUUCUCAUUUUAUCAACAAUACCACUUCUUGUAUUUGCUAUUAUCACUCCAUGGUUACCAGAAUCUACAGUAUUUGAUAUAACAAGCGGAAGAAUGGACAAAGCUAUUUCAACUUUAGAACGAGUAUCAAGAGAAAAUAAAAAACCUUUACCUCCAGGAAGAUUAGUUAUGGAUCGUUUUUAUCAAGUUAAUCAUGGUAAAUUGAAAGAUGUAUUAAGCAAAGAAAUGUGUAAAACAUCUGUUUUACUUUGGCUUGUGUGGAUGAGUACGGCAUUUUGUUAUUAUGGUGUUGUAUUGAUGACUACGGAAUUAUUCCAUACAUCAUCUGAACAAUGUAGUUCGUGGGAAAAUAAAAAGGAAGACAUUUGUCAAUUAGAUUGUCGUUUAGAGCGCAGUGAUUAUAUCGAUCUUCUUUGGACAACGUUAGCCGAAUUUCCAGGAAUCUUUUCUACUAUUUUUGCAAUUGAAAGAAUUGGUAGAAAAAAAACAAUGGCCUUUCAGCUAAUAAUGUUUGCCAUGUUAAUCUGUUUCUUAGGCAGAGCCUGUUUAUUAAGUAGAGUAGCAUUAACACUGGCAAUUUUUCUAGCUAGAGGAUUAAUUGCUGGUGUGUUUCAAGCUGCUUAUGUGUACACUCCAGAAGUAUAUCCGACUCGUUUACGUAGUAUUGGCGUUAGUACUUGUAGUGCAAUGGCUAGAAUUGGUGCAAUGGUUACACCAUAUAUAGCACAAGUAUUUCUUCAAUGGUCUCUUACUGGAGCAAUGGCAAUUUAUGCUGCAACAGCAUUAUGUGCUGCAAUAGCUACUCUUGCUUUACCUGUUGAAACGAAAAAUCACACAUCUAAUGAUACAUCUCAAGAGGCAAGAUGAGCUUUCAAUAUUUUUUCGUCUCCUUUAACUGUUAAAAAAUAUUAGAAAAGAAAAUAUAUUUUCGUCAACAUUACAAUGUUCAGUCGUAAUUGCUAAACCAACAAUUUUUUAAUAACGAAACAAAACUCAUUUCUAUUUAUUAUUAAUAUUCAUUUAUUUCAUUUUUACAAUUUUAUAGUUACAUAUAUAUGCACAACUAAUAUUAUUUUUUAUUUUUAAUUAUUUUUAUCUUAUAAAUUACUUGAAUGAAUAGGAUACACUAUACAUCAGAAAUUAUUUAAUAUAUAUUUACUUUUCCAUAAUAACUUUAGAUGGCAAUAGCAACUUUAAACAUAUAAGAAAUGUACAAAGACUGAUAUAAAAUAUUAAAUAUUAAUAUAUAACAAAAGUGCCAAAAUGCACAAAUGUGCAGCAUUAAUGUACACCCACAAUAAACUAUGAUUUUUAUUAUAUGUGUUAGUAUUAUGUAAAUAACAAGAUAUAUAAUCAUUUGAUCUUUUUCUCAAUAUAUAUAUCCCUAUAAAAAAAGUAUUAAGGAACAUUAAUUCACAUUAUUUUUAUUUCAUUGUCUAAAAUCGAAAAUAUAAAAAUUGUAUUAAAAGAUAAAAUUGUACCAAAUUAAUAAAUUACAAUUUUACCAAACAUGAAAUUUCUUUAUAAAAUACCCAAAUAAAAUAUAAUAAAAAUGAGGCAAUGCUCAAAAAUAAGCAAAUAAAAUGCUGAAAAAAUCUGAAAUAAUUGCAGAAUCUUUUUUAUAUAAUUAAUAUUUAAUAUAUAGAUCUCUAUAUAUGCAGUAAUCAAAUUUCAAAUUAAUGUCAAUUUAAAAUCAACCUACAGAUUUUAAUUGAAAUUAUUGGUAACAUUUACUAAUUUUAGAAGAUUAACCUUCGGGAAAAACGUACUGGAUCUAUUUAGUUUAUUUGUAUAUUUCGUUUAUUUAUAUCUUUUGAG